UUGGCCAUCCCAAGUACCAAGGAUCCAAAAGAAUUGCAAUUUUUCUGAGCAUGCCAGAUGAAAUCCAGACAGAGGAAAUCAUUAAGGACAUUUUCAAGCAAGGCAAAGAGUGUUUCAUCCCACGAUAUAAGCCUCACAGCAGUCAAAUGGACAUGCUGAAGUUAUCAUCAGCUGAAGACAUUUCUUCACUUACUUUGACAUCCUGGAAUAUUCUCCAGCCUAGUGAUGAUGAUAGUGCAAGAGAGGAGGCUCUUGCUGGUGGGGGUCUUGACCUUAUCUUCAUGCCAGGCCUCGGGUUUGACAAAAAAGGCAACAGAUUGGGAAGAGGAAAAGGAUAUUAUGAUACCUAUCUUGAAAGAUGUAUGAAGCAUCCCAGUGGAAAGCCUUACACAAUUGCCUUGGCUUUUAGGGAACAGAUUUGUGAAUCAGUGCCUGUGGCAGAAAAUGAUGUCCAAGUAGAUGAAAUUCUUUAUGAAGACUCCUGAAAGUAUCUUGAUGCCAACCUGCCUUCAGAAUGCCCAGCCAAGGAUGUCAGAUCCAUCAAUCAUGACCUUUAAUAGUCAUAAUGACUUUGGGAGCAAUAAAAUACAAUAUUUGUGUUUCAACCAAAAAAAAAAUAAUAAUUGGUGUAAAUGUGGUAAUAGUAGUGAGGAUUACAUUGGCUUCUAAUUAGCAUAUAUC